GUAACUCGCAGCUACCUCCCAGACUAGCGAACUAUCGAGAUGAUUUCUAGCCCGGGUCUUCGGGGCCCCCGACGUUACGAGAACGCGACGCCCACAGCACAUGCCAAUAUAAUCUGCUUCGCCGCAGGUAAUCGAGGAAUUGAUAGGCUUGAAAAGCUCAGCCAUGACCAGAGUCGUCCGUUCGCGGGAGGAUGAAUAAAAACUGAGAUGGUUUUUAGUUUGUGUAUUUAAGCCUACGGUACGAUGGGCAGUCAGGCGUGGCUCAUUUCGGAGUAUGAGAUUCGUUCCACGCGGAGGUCAUGGAAAAUAAAGAAUCAAUCGGUAUACCGUUACAUUCACCCUCGAGCAGUAUGUAGCCAGUAGUAAUUACGGGCGUCGCGGAACGUCGUGCGACGCCCAGUACCUCCGGGCCAACUGUAUCUCGUUCACCAGUCGUUAUUGAUAGAUUUAAUCCUGGAUUUGCUGUACAACGAAAUCUAAGUAUACAUCGUAAUGACUGUGCAUUAUUGGCACAACGUAUAUCGGGUUAUUUUGAACCUGGCUUUACAACACAAAUCACUGUGUCAAAUGUUCCUCUACGCUGAUUCAUUUGAAUAAAAUGAAAUCCGUUUAUCAUAAAUCUAUGAAAGGGAAAAUACGUCUUUCGAAGCGUUUUUUAAUGAGUUGCCGGUAGCUAUUACGAGUUUUCCAUACCCUAGUAAAUUUCUUGUCUAUAUAUCGCAACUCGAUCUACAAAUUUCCAUCAGUUCUCUCUAGGUCACCAUGAAGCUCGCUUCUCUAGCUCUGAUCAGUCUACUGUCCGUGGUAGCUUUCGCCGGGCCGAUCAGAGACAAGACUUUGAACAGCGCACUAGCUUUUUCAAGUGCCGGUACAAGUGGCGGAGGAUUGAGCAUCGCUCAUGCUGGAACUUCCACGUCGGCCGAUGGUGACGUUGCCGAAGCUCGAGCUUUGGCAGUUGCUACAAUUUACAGUGGGAACCCCUUCCUAAAUAAUCAGCCUCUACGUUCCUCCGGUUUGUCUUUGGGACGGGAAGCUCCUCAGGUGGCAUUCACUUCCGGUAGCGAAAUUUCUGGGCUUUCCACAAAAUCAGUAGACCGCGUAAACUCGAAAUUAUCCAACGUCUAUGAGGGGGGUCAAUACAUAGGCUGUUUUGGUGACGGUUCAACUCGCCAUGCGUUUAAUUCGCAAUUGGAAGAAAGUGAACGUGAUAAUAGUUUCAACACUGAACUAAACAAACAGCACAAAUCUUCAAGUGAAAAUUUCGAGAAUUUGGCAAGUUCCGAUUCUCGGCUAGGAGCCUCUGAAAUUCAAGAGUUUGGAAGUAUCGCCAGCGCAGGAGUGAAUCAGAACAAAGGUUCUAACGAAAUUCAAGGAGUCGGAGCCCUUAAUGGAAAAAUUACGUACUUUGCACAAAGUGGGCCGGUAAUACACAUCGUCACAGCUGAUAACGAAAACAAAAAUGAAGCUUCGGGGAAGAAUGACGGAUACGGAUCAACAAGUGCUGCCGGCACUGUUCUCGGACUGGGUGAAGUGCGCGAUCAGCAUGCUCAGGAGUCUUUGAAUUUAGCAUCACAUGAUGCAAGGCAAGACCCGCCAUCAGUUGGUUUGCCAUUAGCACAAGUUGUGGAACGCGUUGCCGAUUCUUCCGCAGGACGUUCGGAAGAUAAUGCCAAAGUUUAUGACUCAUCUACGUCUAGUGAACUUGUCGCACAAAGCAACAUCAAUCUCGACGGUACAUUCCAAAAUUCUUUCCAAAAUGAACAGUCAAGCUCCAGCUCGAGUCACUCGAUGUCUAAAGAAAGCUCAUUCCAAUCGUCCAGCUCACACAGCAAUUCUUACAACAUCGAUUCUUAUGCCUCUAACGUCAAAAUACAAGAUACGCAGGAACACGCAAAUUCUGCGAUACUCAGUCAGAACCAGCUUUCGAGCGGUCUAUCAUCCGCACAAUUUACGGUAUCUGUCGCUGACUCUUCUGUGGGUCAGUUGGAUCAAAGUUCCACUGCCUACGACUCAUCUAAGUCUAGUGGAAUUAUCGCACAAAGCAACAUCAAUCUUGAUGGUUCACAUCAAAGUUCUCAUGAAGACAAACUGUCCAGCUCCAGUUUGAGUCAGUCAGCAACUGGAAAAAUCUUAACGGAACCAUCGACCUCUGGGAAGGCUCCGCACAAGAUCGAAUCAUUUACCUCUGAUCUCAGGAUUCAUGAUGUGCAGGGGCAUGCCAAUUCUGCAAUACUGAGCGAAAGUCAGAAUCAACUUUCAAAUGAUGUAUCGUCUGCACAACUUAUGGUAUCUGUCGCUGAAUCUUCUACCGGAAAUUCGGAACAUAAUGCCAAUGCCUACGACAAAUCUGAAUCAAGUGGAAUCGUCGCACAAAGUAACAUCAAUCUUGAUAGUUCGCUUCAAAGUUCCCAUCUAGACAAACUGUCCAGCUCCAGUUUGAGUCAGUCAGCGACUGAAGAAAGCUCAUCGCAAUCAUUGACCUCCAAGAGCACGAACCAACUUUCGAGCGGCCUGUCAUCCGCACAAUUCGAGGUAUCUGUCGCUGAAUCUUCUACCGGAAAUUCGGAACAUAAUGCCAAUGUCUGCGACAAAUCUGAAUCAAGUGGAAUUGUCACGCAAAGUAACAUCAAUCUUGAUGGUUCGCUUCAAAGUUCCCAUGAAGACAAACUGUCCAGCUCCAGUUUGAGUCAGUCAGCGACUGAAGAAAGCUCAUCGCAAUCAUUGACCUCCAAGAGCACGAACCAACUUUCGAGCGGCCUGUCAUCCGCACAAUUCGAGGUAUCUGUCGCUGAAUCUUCUACCGGAAAUUCGGAACAUAAUGCCAAUGUCUGCGACAAAUCUGAAUCAAGUGGAAUUGUCACGCAAAGUAACAUCAAUCUUGAUGGUUCGCUUCAAAGUUCCCAUGAAGACAAACUGUCCAGCUCCAGUUUGAGUCAGUCAGCGACUGAAGAAAGCUCAUCGCAAUCAUUGACCUCCAAGAGCACGAACCAACUUUCGAGCGGCCUGUCAUCCGCACAAUUCGAGGUAUCUGUCGCUGAAUCUUCUACCGGAAAUUCGGAACAUAAUGCCAAUGCCUACGACAAAUCUGAAUCUAGUGGAAUUGUCGCACAAAGUAACAUCAAUCUUGAUAGUUCGCUUCAAAGUUCCCAUCAAGACAAACUGUCCAGCUCCAGUUUGAGUCAGUCAGCAACUGGAAAAAUCUUAACGGAACCAUCGACCUCUGGGAAGGCUCCGCACAAGAUCGAAUCUUUUAGCUCUGAUCUCAGGAUUCAUGAUGUGCAGGGGCUCGCCAAUUCUGCUAUGCUGAGCGAAAGUCAGAAUCAACUUUCAAAUGAUGUAUCGUCUGCACAACUUGUGGCAUCUGUCGCUGAAUCUUCUACCGGAAAUUCGGAACAUAAUGCCAAUGUCUGCGACAAAUCUGAAUCAAGUGGAAUUGUCACGCAAAGUAACAUCAAUCUUGAUGGUUCACGUCAAAGAUCGCAUCAAGACAAACUGUCCAGCUCCAGCUCGAGUCACUCGACGUCUGAAGAAAGCUCAUCGCAAUCAUUGAGCUCCAAGAGCGCCAACCAACUCUCGAGUGGCCUGUCAUCCGGACAAUUUACGGUAUCUGUCGCUGACUCGUCUGCGGGUCAGUUGGAUCAAAGUUCCAGUGCCUACGACUCAUCUAAGUCCAGUGGAACUAUCGCACUAGGCAACAUCGGUCUGCACGGUUUAUUCCAAACCUCCAGUCAUGGUAAAAAGUCUAGCUCUAGCUCAAGUUAUUCGACAUCUGGAAGUUCAUCACAAUCAUCGAGCUUCCAUAGCGGUCCAUACAACAUCGCACUUCUUGCUUCUGGUGAUAUUAGCCAUCAGGACGCUACGAGACCCGGCGUUUUGACUUCGUAUGGAGGAAGUCAAGUCCAACAAUCUAUUCCAUCCGCAUCUGGAUUUUUGAAGGGUGUCGUUCAUUCCGCUACGAAUACUUCUAAACGUUUAUUGUCCGGAUAGAACGAUAGCGGCCUCGACGGUGACAGGAAACGCUUACAAGUUCAAUCACUUCCAUAUUCAAGCUCACACGAAGCUCGUACACAAAUGGAUGUUGGUAAAUAAAGAUAUUCACUGGUUUGUCAGAACUUGAUAUGUCAUGAAAUUGGCGAAUCAUGUUCACACGUUGGAUUGUUACCGAAAUAAUUAUCGAGCAAUCUGGUAUGCGAAAUACAUAAUUUAUGGUUUUAUCGAUCGCGCGCUAUACAGCUGGUGUUUUAAAUACUUAGAUCGUAUGCUGCAGCGUCGGUGACGUUAAUUAAACAAGUUUCCUUUCCAAGACUGUGCACGAUUCAUGCAUCCGAUUUGAAUAAUCCAUUUCACCCGCUAAUCGAACCUGUUCCUCGAUGCUCACCAACAGCGCCAGAAAAAAAUCUUCCAGAGCUUUAAUAUGCAGAAAUGAUAUAUUUGCUUGCGAGGGAGACUGAGAUUAGCGUACAAAAUUGAUUGAUGAAAAAUCAACGGUGAUCAGAAAGUCGACUUUUGUCCACACCGA